UUCACAUCCAGCUGUUUUGACCUCUCAUGAAGAUACAGAAGACCAGUGUCUUUGAUAGCUCCUUGUCUUCAAGUUCAUGUGAGGUUUGGGCCCUACCAUGCUGUCUGCUAAUUGGUUACUGCUGUCUACAAUCAGAGGUACUUGCGUUUCAGUGGUGCUCUAAGUGCAUAGUUUGCACAGGGCUUUUUUGGAUUCCUUUGAGAGGAAAAGUGCAUUAUUAAGGGGAAAAGAAUAAAUUUUGUUAUCAUUUAUUACUAUUUCCUAAAAACCCCAUCACUGGGAAGAAUAGGGCACUCUGGCUUCAGCAUCUCCGGUCCUCCAACCACUGUAUCUGCAAAGGAAAUCUUCCCCCUUUGCAGUCACCCAAAAGACUCACCUUCCUAGGGUGAGGAAACAGGGGAAGAUUCUUUUUGUUUGCAAAGUCAGAGAAGGGUGAGGCUCUGAGUCAGUUUAUAAAACAGCUGGUCAGCUGCUUCUACUGGUUUAAAAACUAUAAAUAUGUUUCAAGAGUCACUGCUCACUGUUGGAUGUGGUAUUCAAGUGCCAUUGGUCGCAUCGGACUUGUGUGUAACGGAUAUCGCAAUGGAAUCAUGUGCCAGUUUACCUCAGGACCUGAACACUAAGACUAAUCCUUUGGGAAUGAGAGAAGCCAAGGAGAGGGAUCUGUGCACAGUACAGGGGACUGCUGACAAUAAGACAGAAUCAUCUCCUUGUUACUUGCUCACUGUAAGAGUCAUAAGGGCGAGGAAUCUCCAUCGGACAGAUGCCUUAAGCCAAUCUGAUUGCUAUGUGACCCUGUGGCUGCCGACAGCUUCGGCCGAAAAGUUCUGGACUAAGACCAUCAACAACUGCGAAGACCCAGUCUGGAAUGAAACCUUCUACUACAGGAUCCAGAGGCAGGUCAAGAACGUGCUGGAGCUGGGUGUCUACGAUGAGGAUGAUGUUACCCAGGACGAUCACCUCUUCACUGUGCGCUUUGAUGUGGCUAAACUUCCACUUGGAGAAAGAGUUCUCAUGUACUUCAAGUCUGAUCCACAGAGAAAGGAGGAGCUGGAGGUGGAAUUCAGACUGGAGAAUAUUUCAGAUCCCUCCGAAACCAUCGUGACUAAUGGAGUUCUAGUGUCUCGCAAAGUCUGCUGUUUGGAAGUCCAGGUGGAUGAGAAGAAGAGGGAAAAGAAAAGGAAGCCUUCAUCACGGAAAGACAUCUCCCUCACAGUGAAAGGAUCCCAUGAAGACACCCAGGAUCUUACAUUGGCCUCUGAUCCCAUCAUUAGAUCCUCAUGUCCCCCUAAGUUUCACUAUGUCAAGUAUAAGCAGUCAGCAUUGGAUGUUAUUCUACCAAAGCAGAAACCAUAUUACUCCUUUUGUAGCUGUUCCUAUAAUACAAAGGCGGACUCACCAAAUGUGGCUCUCAAUUCACUUCCCACAGGAGAGAAAGUAACAAUAGCAGAGGAUAAAAAAUUUGAUUUGUAUGUGAAGGCUACAGACUGCUCAGAAGACCUAGACGUGCGCUUAGGGUUUGACUUGUGCACAGAGGAGCAGGAUUUUCUGUGGAAAAGGAAGAAAUAUGUUGCUGCUGCUCUGAAAAAGGUUCUCCAGCUAGAGGAGGACCUGCAGGACGAUGAGAUUCCUGUGGUGGCAAUCAUGACAACAGGUGGUGGAAUGAGAUCACUGACAACGACAUAUGGCAGUCUAUUGGGUCUCCAGAAGUUAAAUGUCAUAGACUGUGCUAUGUACCUGACUGGUUUGUCUGGCACGACAUGGACUAUGGCAAAUUUGUACAGAGAUGCUGAUUGGUCACAGAAGGAUCUGUCUGGGAAAAUCAAUGAAGCUCGAAAACAUGUGACCAAAUGCAAGAUGGGUUCUUUUUCCAUGGAGCGUAUGAAGUAUUAUAACAAGCAGCUGUGUCAGCGGAAACAAGAAGGACACAGGACAUCUUCUAUAGAUCUGUGGGGGCUCAUUGUUGAAUAUUUGUUACAUGAUGGGAAAGACAACCAUAAACUCUCGGAUCAGCGACAGGCAGUGCAUCAGAGUCAGAACCCACUGCCCAUCUACGUGGCAAUCAAUGUCAAGGAUAACUAUAGCACUUUGGAUUUCAAAGAAUGGCUGGAAUUCUCCCCAUAUGAAGUUGGAUUCAUGAAAUAUGGAGCCUUCAUUCGCUCUGAGGACUUUGGAAGCGAGUUUUUCAUGGGUCGGCUGAUGAAGAGGCUCCCAGAAUCCCGGAUCUCCUACUUGGAAGGCAUGUGGAGUAGUUUAUUUUCCCUGAAUCUGUUAUAUAUCUGGAAUUUGUCCCACACUUCAGAGGACUUUUGGCAUAGGUGGACCCAAGAUAGAGUAAAUGAUAUUGAGGAAGAGUCCGUCCUUUCUAUGAGGCCACACGAACAGAAGACUCAAGUAUUCACCACGGCAGGCCCCCUUUCCCGUGCUCUUCGUAGUGCCAUUACAGAGCGCACAUCAGUUGCCCAGUACCAUAGUUUCCUGAAAGGCCUCCAGCUGCAUAAUGACUACCUAGAGAAUGACAAGUUUUGUAGAUGGAAAGAUACUGUGCUGGACACAUCACCCAACCAGCUGACUGAAACAGCAGAGUACUUGUCCCUGGUUGAUACUGGAUUCUUCAUCAAUACCAGCUGCCCUCCACUUCUGAGGCCAGAGAGAAAAGUGGACGUCAUCCUGCAUUUAAAUUAUAGUGCAGGAUCACAGAUACUGCCUCUGGAUCAGUCCUGUAAGUACUACUCAGAACAAGGAAUCCCAUUCCCCAAAGUUGUGCUGAGCGAAGAAGAGAGGAAAAACCUAAAGGAGUGCUACCUCUUUGAUGAUGCUGAGACUCCAGGAGCUCCUAUAUUGCUAUUUUUCCCAUUAGUGAAUGACACCUACCAAAGUUAUAAAGCACCUGGUGUGAAGCGCUCCAGCUCAGAGAUGGAGGAGGGAAAAGUUGAUCUCACCAGUUGCUUUUCCCCGUAUUCUACAUAUUCAGUCACAUACAAGGAGCAAGAUUAUGAUCAGCUGGUUAAACUGACUGAGUACAACAUCCUGAAUAACAAACACCUGAUUCUUCAAGCCUUGCGUAAAGCAGUGGAACGGAAAAGGCAACAUAAAAAAUAGUUACCAUGCCAGGUGCUUUUAUCCCUGGGAGGAUGUUUUUGUAUCCUCUGGCAUAUGGAUAACCACAGCUUUUCUGAAGAUUUCAAUGGAUUCCAGUUUGACCCUAUUAACUGGCUGUACCUGAUGAGCAAAGGUCACCAAAUAAGGAGAGACCUUCCUUGUUCCCCAAAGAAUUUCAUUGCUACAAAAUUAAUUUAGGAGAAUAAAGUGCAAUUUGCGGCAUGUUGGAAAUACAUUACAUGGGUAGCCACACACAAGGAGCUGCUGUAGUGAUGGCAUGGUCUAAAUGCCUAGAGAGUGAGUUUAAAAAUAUAUAAGUCCAAACUACAGUAUACACACUGGAUUCAAUUAAUCUUUAAAUAAUACUAGUUCUGCCUUGUUUUAGUGGCUGUUCUGUGAACUAUUGUCCAUGUGCCAGAAUGUGACUUGUUGCGCUAAGGUGCACUGUAGGGAAGAGGGCUAGGAAUCUUGCCAGUCAACCCAUUCAAGGCUCAAGGACAGCUACCAUCCCUUUGCUGAGGGGGAACACAAGGACUGCUCUCUCUUAGAUACUUACAGGUGGUCUUUCAAGUAUAGUCUUGUUUUUGUUCCGAGAUUGCUGCAGACCUCCCCCUUGGUGCCUACAGGGUUAGACAGCAGCCAAGUGGCGAUUUUGUUUGGAUUGCAGUGGAGCCUAAAACUGGGAUUUAGGUUUGUCGGAGGUUUAAGUUUCUAAUUAUCUUUGUUGAUCUGGUCCCUAGUUCUUGUAACAGACACUGCUUAAGAACUGUCACUUCACAUUGGUUUUUCAACAUAUAAACUGAAACUUCUAGUCUUUAAAGUAACAUAGGUGCCCUUGUCAUUAUUAUCUGUUUUUAAUCAACAGUUCUAAUUUAAAAUAAACAUAUAUCCUGACUUG